ACUGAUUAGAAUUGUUAAUCAAAAACUUUUCAGGUUAUGUUUUGUCACGAUCAUGAUCCAGUAAUAACUUGUAACGAAACGUACAUACAAGUACAUGCGCAAUAUAGGAAACUAUCAGCUGAGAUCUAUCUGCAACGAUGACAGAUCCACUGAUAGGUAUAAAAGAAAGUACUACUGAAAAAACGAUAGCAUAUGCUGAUCCAUUCAAGAAGGGUGGUCCUUGUGAUGAUUGCAUUUCAAGACUUUCAAAUGAUCAAUUGAUAUCAUUGAUUAUUAAAUGUACUGAUUUUGCUGCAAAAAAACAUAGUACUCAGAGAAGAAAAGAUCCUGCACAAACACCUUAUAUAAAUCAUCCCAUAGGAGUUGCAAACAUUUUAGUUCAAGAAGGCGAAAUAUAUGACCCUGUUGUAAUUUUAGCUGCACUUCUACAUGAUACUGUAGAAGAUACAGAUACUAAUUUUGAUGAGAUAGAACUAGAAUUUGGAUAUACAGUGAGUCAAGUUGUUCAAGAAGUAACUGAUGAUAAAACUCUGCCUAAAGAAGAACGUAAACGUUUGCAAAUAGAAAAUGCACCUAAAAGAAGUCAUAGAGCUAAGUUAGUAUUAUUAGCAGAUAAAUUAUAUAAUUUACGAGAUCUUCAAAAGAGUACUCCAAUUUGCUGGACACCUGAAAGAGUAAGGGAAUACUUUAAGUGGGCUAAAGCUGUUGUAGAUAGAAUCCGCAGAACUAAUUCUAAUUUGGAGACUGCAUUAGAUAGAGUAUUUGCAAAACAAAGAAUUGAAACUGAAACAAAAUGUAAAUGUGUAAAAGAUAAUUCACAAAAUGUUUGUAAUAGUGAAAAUAUAAAUUAAUUCUUAUUGAUUUUAUGAAAGAUAUUAUCGAUUUUACAAAACAUAUACAUUAGCCUUGUAUUUACAAAUAAUACAGACCAAUAAAAUCGAUAUUGAAAAGCUGCAAAAAAGUUUAAUAACAUCGAUGAUGAAAGUUUUUACUUCUUGGUAUGCUGCUUAUGAAACCAUUUCAUAUAUUCUGCUAAUACUUCAACUUCAUCUUCUCGAAUUGCGUUAUAUAAUGAAGCACGUAUACCGCCAACAGACCUAUAAUAUAUUUGUAAUAGAACACUUGAGUAAAUUUUUACAUUUCUCAUACUGGUAUCAUUUUUCAUUAGUUCAGAAAUAAAACAAUGUUUCUUUAAUGUAUUCUAUUGACCUGUGACCCUUUAAUUGAAGCAUUCCACGACUGACUGCACCAGAAAGGAAUUCUUUUUCUAGCUCCUCAUCAUUGUCUCUUAUUCUAAAUGGAAUAUUCAUUUUACUGCGUGCAUUUAUAUCGAUCGGACAUUUAUAAAAUCCAUCAGAAUUAUCAAUUAUAUUAUAUAUCUUUUGACUCUUUUUAAUUGCAUUUUGUUCCAUAGUUUCAACGCCUCCGCGUUCUUUUAUCCAGUUAAAUACUCGAUUGACAAAAUAUAUUCUAAAAUAAAUAUAAAGAAAUAAUGGAUAAAACGAAUGAUGUGAUUAUUUAAAAAAAAUUUUUUAAUUAUAUUUACUGGAAAAGAGGCGGAGUAUUGUGUAAGGAAUUAUCGUUUGCCAUGACGGUGAAAUUUAAAAUUGUGGGACAAACUGACAUGGCAUGACCGAGAAGAUCAUCUCGUACAAUUACUAAAGUAACGCCAGCUGGUCCGAUAUUCUUCUGUGCGCCAGCAAAGAUUAGUCCAAACUAUAAUAAAUUUUAUAUAUCCAAUGAUAC